UGCAGAGAGGCUGAGACAAACCCAGAAACCAACAGCUCUCAGGUUGAAGCUGGUAACCUCCCCCCUCAACAUGAAGGUCUCUGCAGCACUUCUGUGUCUGCUGCUCGCAGCAGCCGUCUUCAGCACCCAGGUGCUGGCUCAGCCAGCUGCUGUCCCAACCGUCUGCUGCUUUAAUGUGGCCAGAAGGAAGAUCUCCUUUCAGCGACUGCAGAGCUACAGAAGAAUCACCGACAGCAAAUGUCCCCAGAGAGCUGUGAUCUUCAGCACCAAGCAGGCCAAGAAGUUCUGUGUUGAUCCCCAGGAGAAGUGGGUCCAGGAUGCCAUGAAGUACCUGGACCAAAAAUCCCAAACUUUGAAGCCAUAAAUAUUCACCUUUUAAAACCAAACCAGAGCCUCAAAAUGCUUGAUUCAUUCUCCUGAUCUUCCUAAGAUGUAUUCUGAGAUAACCUCAUUCCAAAAGGAAUGGCUUUUAUUUAAUAAUUAAAAAUAUAUAUAUUGCAUAUAAGUUAUUGACUUUUUAAAAAAUCCUCUGCCAUGAAUUUUUGUUACUUUUGAAAUGUAAAGCUUUGGUUGGGUCCCUCCCCCUCUGUGAGGCCCAAAUCAAUCCCCUGCAAUGUAUGAGUAAUGUUGUCUCUCUCCUCUUUAAUUCCCUGGAAUCUUGUAAGGGUCCUGGCAAGGAUCAUCGAUACAAAAGUGUUUUGUAUUUUUAAGAAGACAUUGCUCUUGUGAACCAAAGGUGUGGCUCAUAAUGUUAAAUGGAAAUACAUGUUAUUUUAAGAAUUCAGAAAAUAUAUUUUUAUUA